AUGGCGCGGCACCUCCACCACCACCAUGGCCAAGAACUCCUCGCGCACCUCCGCGCGUCGUCGCCGCUGGCCGACCUCCUCCGCUCCGCGCCGAACCUCCCCGGCGCCCGAGCCGCGCACGCGCGCGUUCUGAAGUCUCCCGUAGCCGGCGAGACCUUCCUCCUCAACACGCUCGUGUCCACUUACGCGCGGCUCGGCCGACUCCGCGACGCCCGCAGGGUGUUCGACGAGAUACCCAUCCGCAACACCUUCUCGUACAACGCGCUCCUCUCCGCGUACGCGCGCCUGGGCCGCCCCGACGAGGCGCGGGCUCUCUUCGAGGCCAUCCCGGAUCCCGACCAGUGCUCCUACAACACGGUCGUCGCGGCGCUCGCGCGGCACGGGCGCGGGCACGCCGGGGACGCGCUCCGGCUCCUGGCCGCCAUGCACGCCGACGACUUCGUGCUCAAUGCCUACUCCUUCGCCAGCGCCCUGAGCGCGUGCGCCGCUGAGAGGGACUCGAGGACCGGGGAGCAGGUGCACGGCCUCGUCGCCAGGUCGCCGCACGCGGGCGACGUGCACAUCGGGAGCGCGCUCGUGGACAUGUACGCCAAGUGCGAGCGCCCGGAGGAUGCGCGCAGGGUGUUCGACGCAAUGCCGGAGCGGAACGUCGUUUCGUGGAACAGCUUGAUCACUUGCUUCGAGCAGAACGGUCCCGUGGGUGAGGCGCUCGUGCUGUUCGUCGAGAUGAUGGCCGCUGGUUUCUUUCCGGAUGAGGUGACACUCUCAAGUGUCAUGAGCGCAUGUGCAGGACUUGCUGCGGACAGGGAAGGACGGCAGGUCCAUGCCCAUAUGGUGAAGUGCGACAGACUUAGGGAUGACAUGGUGCUCAACAAUGCUCUGGUGGACAUGUAUGCGAAGUGUGGGAGGACGUGGGAAGCAAGGUGUAUCUUUGAUUCCAUGCCUUCCAGGAGUAUUGUCUCGGAAAUAUCUAUACUCACUGGGUAUGCAAAGUCUGCAAAUGUGGAAGAUGCUCAGGUGGUGUUCUUGCAGAUGGUCGAGAAGAAUGUCAUUGCUUGGAAUGUGCUCAUUGCAGCAUAUGCUCAGAAUGGUGAGGAGGAAGAAGCGAUUAGGCUCUUUGUCCAGCUGAAAAGAGACUCCAUUUGGCCGACACAUUACACGUAUGGAAAUGUUCUGAAUGCAUGUGGGAAUAUUGCUGACCUUCAGCUUGGUCAGCAAGCUCAUGUGCAUGUCCUCAAGGAAGGUUUUCGCUUUGACUUUGGGCCAGAAUCUGAUGUGUUUGUUGGGAACUCCCUUGUAGACAUGUACCUGAAAACAGGUUCCAUCGAUGAUGGUGCUAAGGUAUUUGAGAGAAUGGCAGCCAGAGAUAAUGUGUCGUGGAAUGCGAUGAUUGUUGGUUAUGCACAGAAUGGCCGUGCAAAAGAUGCAUUGCAUCUUUUUGAGAGAAUGCUGUGCAGCAAUGAGAACCCGGACUCUGUCACUAUGAUAGGGGUCUUGUCAGCCUGUGGUCAUUCUGGAUUGGUGGAUGAGGGCCAGAGAUACUUCCAUUCCAUGACUGAGGAUCAUGGGAUUACGCCAUCUCGAGAUCAUUACACAUGCAUGGUUGACUUGCUUGGUCGUGCUGGUCAUCUCAAAGAAGCUGAGGAGCUCAUAAAGGACAUGCCAAUGGAACCUGACUCUGUGCUCUGGGCUUCUCUGCUAGGUGCUUGCAGGCUGCAUAAGAAUGUUGAGUUGGGGGAAUGGACAGCUGGGAGAUUGUUUGAGCUUGAUCCUCAGAACUCUGGACCCUAUGUCCUUCUCUCGAAUAUGUACGCUGAGAUGGGGAAAUGGGCAGAAGUUUUUAGAGUGAGGAGAUCCAUGAAGGACAGGGGUGUCAAUUUGGACCAUGUCCUCACUUUUCCUUUAUUUGAGGAAUUUGUCAAGCUCUUCGUCCUGCAGCAAGAUUUUAAUGUGGAACCUACAUCUGACCAUCCUGACCACAGUGUGUGGACUGCAAAUGAAAAUGGUGAGUACUCCACACACUCUUCAUAUUUGCUGAAUUUCAGGGGGGGGCGGUGCGGUUCAGCGGACAGGGGUUCUUGUGCUUCUGAGAUUCAGAAGAGCUGUGGUUCAGAAGAAAGACUAAGAUUCAGAGGUGCCUGGAUUGUCGUGUCGAGCAAGGAUUCGACUUGCCAAAAUGCUAUGGCGGCGGCUUCACCAACCAGCCUUCAGACUCUGACGACGAAGUUACAAGUUGGGGCCCUCCCUCUCAGCUACCAGGUAUCUAAUAAUCAAACUACAUUUUUUGGAAAAGUUCUGUGGUGCCAACCCGCGCGCAGGGGCGUGCACUUAUCACUAGUUCAGUUAACAAACAAGGAUGAAGCCCACCACCCACCCCUGGUGCCUGGUGGGAAUAAGAAGCUGGAGCUGUUACUGCCGGCAUUGCCAGAUGGUGAGCAUUAG